AUGCAUUACCAGCCGAAAAACUGUGUGCGCACAGGAGCAGCAGGAGGAGAGCGGCAGGAGGAGAGCGGCAGGAGGAGAGCGGCAGGAGGAGAGCGGCAGGAGGAGAGCGGCAGGAGGAGAGCGGCAGGAGGAGAGCCGCAGGAGGAGAGCCGCAGGAGGAGAGCGGCAGGAGGAGAGCGGCAGGAGGAGAGCGGCAGGAGGAGAGCGGCAGGAGGAGAGCGGCAGGAGGAGAGCGGCAGGAGGAGAGCCGCAGGAGGAGAGCCGCAGGAGGAGAGCGGCAGGAGGAGAGCGGCAGGAGGAGAGCCGCAGGAGGAGAGCGGCAGGAGGAGAGCGGCAGGAGGAGAGCGGCAGGAGGAGAGCGGCAGGAGGAGAGCCGCAGGAGGAGAGCAGCAGGAGGAGAGCCGCAGGAGGAGAGCCGCGGUGGAUGAGCGGCGUGGUCUCACAACAGCUCAGGGUCUGGGGUAA